AGACUCUUCUCUGUUAAAUGCAUCACAUUGGUAGUAAACUGACACUCCUUUUCUUUCUCCUUUCAGCCAGAUAAUGAAAUCUCUUCAGACUGCAAUCAUCUCUUGUGGAACUACAAGCUGAACCUGACUACAGAUCCAAAGUUUGAAUCCGUGGCCAGAGAAGUCUGCAAGUCCACUAUUGCUGAGAUAAAGGAGUGUGCAGAUGAACCAGUUGGUAAAGGGUUCUUGGUGUCGUGUUUGGUGGAUCACAGAGGCAACAUCACUGAGUACCAGUGCCAUCAGUACAUCACUAAAAUGACAGCCAUUAUCUUCAGUGAUUACCGCUUGAUCUGUGGCUUCAUGGAUGACUGCAAAGCUGACAUCAAUCUCCUGAAAUGUGGCAGCAUUCGACCUGGAGAAAAGGAUGCUCACUCACAAGGAGAGGUGGUGGCAUGCCUGGAAAAAGGCCUGGUGAAAGAGGCAGAGGAGACUGACCCUCGAAUCCAGGUUUCUGACCAGUGUAAGAAGGCAAUUCUCCGAGUGGCUGAGCUCUCUUCCGAUGACUUCCACCUGGACCGCCAUCUCUACUUUGCAUGCCGAGAUGACAGAGAGCGCUUCUGUGAAAAUACUCAGGCUGGGGAAGGCCGAGUGUACAAGUGCCUCUUUAAUCACAAGUUUGAAGAAUCAAUGAGUGAAAAGUGUCGUGAUGCUCUCACCACCCGCCAGAAGCUCAUUGCCCAGGACUACAAGGUCAGCUACUCGCUGGCCAAGUCCUGUAAGAGCGACCUGAAGAAAUAUCGCUGCAACGUGGAGAACCUGCCCCGCUCUCGGGAGGCCCGGCUCUCCUACCUGCUCAUGUGCUUGGAGUCUGCUGUGCACAGAGGUCGGCAGGUGAGCAGUGAGUGCCAGGGCGAGAUGCUGGAUUACCGGCGCAUGCUGAUGGAGGAUUUCUCGCUGAGCCCCGAGAUCAUCCUGAGCUGCCGCGGGGAGAUCGAGCACCACUGCUCGGGGCUGCACCGCAAGGGCCGCACCCUGCACUGCCUCAUGAAGGUGGUGCGUGGGGAGAAGGGCAACGUGGGCCUCAACUGUCAGCAGGCACUUCAAACCCUGAUUCAGGAGACGGACCCCGGUGCCGAUUAUCGCAUCGACCGCGCGCUGAACGAGGCCUGCGAGUCGGUGAUCCAGACAGCCUGCAAGCACAUACGGUCUGGAGACCCCAUGAUUCUGUCUUGCCUGAUGGAGCACUUGUAUACUGAGAAAAUGGUAGAAGACUGUGAGCAUAGGCUCCUGGAGCUCCAGUAUUUUAUAUCUCGUGACUGGAAGUUGGACACGGUCCUUUACCGCAAGUGUCAGGGGGACGCCUCCCGCCUCUGCCAUACCCACGGCUGGAAUGAGACCAGUGAGCUGAUGCCCCCAGGGGCUGUGUUCUCCUGCUUGUACAGGCAUGCAUAUCGUACAGAGGAGCAGGGAAGGAGGCUAUCACGAGAGUGCAGAGCAGAGGUGCAGAGAAUCCUCCAUCAGCGAGCCAUGGAUGUGAAGCUGGACCCAGCCCUCCAGGACAAGUGCAUGAUUGACCUGGGGAAGUGGUGCAGUGAAAAAACAGAGACAGGGCAGGAGCUGGAAUGCCUUCAGGACCAUCUUGAUGACUUGGUGUCUGAUUGCAGAGACAUAGUGGGAAACCUCACUGAGCUGGAGUCUGAGGACAUUCAAAUUGAAGCCUUGCUGAUGAGAGCAUGUGAGCCCAUUAUCCAGACAUUCUGUCAUGAGGUUGCAGAUAACCAGAUUGAUUCUGGGGACCUGAUGGAGUGUCUAAUACAGAACAAACACCAGAAGGAAAUGAAUGAAAAAUGUGCAAUCGGUGUUACUCAUUUCCAGCUGGUUCAAAUGAAAGAUUUUAGGUUCUCGUACAAGUUCAAAAUGGCUUGCAAGGAGGAUGUGCUGAAACUGUGCCCCAACAUCAAAAAAAAGGUGGAUGUGGUGAUCUGUCUGAGCACAACUGUGCGCAAUGAUACUUUGCAGGAUGCCAAGGAGCACAGGGUCUCUCUGAAGUGCCGCAAACAGCUGCGUGUGGAGGAGCUGGAGAUGACUGAGGAUAUCAGACUUGAACCAGAGCUGUAUGAGGCUUGUAAAAGUGACAUCAAGAAUUACUGCCAGAACGUGCCCUAUGGCAAUGCUCAGAUUAUUGAAUGCCUGAAAGAAAUCAAGAAGCAAUUGAGUACACGGUGCCACCAGAAGGUGUUUAAACUGCAGGAGACAGAGAUGAUGGACCCAGAACUGGACUACACACUCAUGAGGGUCUGCAAGCAGAUGAUCAAGCGGUUUUGUCCAGAGGCGGAUUCAAAAAACAUGUUACAGUGCUUGAAACAAAACAAGAACAGUGAAGUGAUGGAUCCUAAAUGCAAGCAGAUGAUUACCAAGCGCCAGAUUACACAGAACACAGAUUACCGCUUAAACCCCGUGCUCAGGAAGGCAUGCAAAGCAGACAUACCAAAAUUCUGCCAAAAUAUCCUGAAUAGGGCCAAGGAUGAUACAGAGUUGGAAGGUCAAGUCAUCUCAUGCCUGAAGUUGAAAUAUGCAGACCAGCGUCUCUCUCCCGACUGCGAGGACCAGAUUCGAGUGAUAAUCCAGGAAUCAGCCCUUGAUUAUCGGCUGGAUCCCCAGCUUCAGAUGCACUGUUCUGAUGAGAUUUCCAGCUUGUGUGCAGAAGAAGCAGCAGCUCAGGAGCAGACUGGGCAGGUGGAAGAAUGUCUGAAAGUGAAUCUUCUGAAAAUAAAAACUGAGAUGUGCAAGAAGGAAGUGCUCAACAUGCUGAAGGAAAGCAAAGCAGAUAUCUUUGUUGACCCAGUGCUCCACACAGCCUGUGCCCUGGACAUCAAACACCACUGUGCUGCCAUCCCGCCAGGGAGGGGACGCCAAAUGUCAUGCUUAAUGGAAGCUCUGGAAGAUAAGCGUGUGAGGUUGCAGCCUGAAUGCAAGAAACGCCUUAAUGAUCGUAUUGAAAUGUGGAGCUAUGCUGCAAAGGUUGCCCCAGCAGAAGGCUUUUCUGACCUUGCCAUGCAAGUUAUGACCUCUCCAUCCAAGAAUUACAUCCUGUCUGUGAUCACGGUUGGCAUCUGUGUACUCUUCCUCAUCGGCCUGAUGUGUGGACGCAUCACCAAGCGGGUGACAAGAGAGCUCAAGGACAGGUAGAGCCUGGAUUGCCUGCUGAAGAAAUGCCUGCCCAGUGCCCAGUUUUGUACAGCCCUCCUCUGUAUAGUCUACCCACCCCCUCUUGUGAGAGGAGAAUUAAAAAAAAAAAAAAUUUAAAAAAAAAAUUAGAAAAGCAGCAGGUGUUGGCUCAGUUUUCCCAUCCUGGAUCUCAUCCAUGGCAUCUUCAUCCUAUGAAAGUUUGUGUGCAACAUUGGCAGCCCAGCCAGCAGCUUUUGUUACCCCUUUGUUAGCAGACUCUCGUUUACCUGCCUGUAGACAAGUCUCUGUUGUACUGUUGGAACUGCCUUCACUCUCCAAAUCAGACUGAUAUGACCUGCAGCUCAAGCAGUUUUUAAGUAAAUUUUUAAAGACAGACAUAUUCUGCAUACCGACUAUAUGAUUUAGGUAAUGGUUCAUACUGAAAUCUAGUCAUCCUCUGUGGCUGGGUGAAGUUGAGGCAGGAAAUUAAAGGGUAAAUUGCAUCUUACACCACAGCUGGCCUUGUUUUGGACGUCUUGCUCGUCUGUGUAAAGCAUCUUCAGAGCAUAGUCUUGGACAACCUAAGGACACCAACCACUGGUGUCAUCUCCUAGUGAAUAUCCUGCUUAUGUGACUGUGGAUUUUUUUGGCUGAAAAGAUGUCCUUCCUUUCUUCCUCUGCUGCUCGCAAGAUAGAAUAAAAUACUGACCAGGAUUGAAUACUCAUGUGAGCUAUACAACUUGUGUUUCAGUAGAUUAAAGGCACAAUGUAGACACGAGGUAUGUAGAGCCUGCCAGUAGUGAACAGUGUCAGUGGGCAGGAAGUGCUCUGAGCAGUUACUCGGUCAACUUUUUUAUUAGCAAUGAUGCAGUAAAAUUCUAACACUCCUUUUAUUUUACCUUGCUACUGCUAAGCUGUUACCCUCCCAAAUUAACUGUGUGUAGAUGGUACUGGCACACUGGCAGUGCAGUGCUCUGUCAGUGAUGCAGAAAGCAACAGAACACCCAUUGUCUUCUCUCUCUGUGUAACGGUUACUCGUGGGUCAGCACUGUGGUUUGUAACCACACUCUGAGUCUUAAUGGUUUGCAUGGUGGCACCGAAGAGUGGCUUUCAUCUCCACAACUACAAUCGAUGGUGAUAACACCUGGCAUUUUCCUGGGAUGUAGGACACAGGUGCCAGUCCUGCCAAGUGGAUGGAAGAUUGAUAGUGUGGUAUGAAAGGCAAAAACAUCGGGAUUUUUAAGGGAAGUAACUUUUAGCUCUUGCAUAGUUAUCAUCAACAUGUGCAUUUGUGCUAUGUGUAGUUAUACUUCCAGAACCUGAUACUUACACCCAAGAGCCUAGAGAAGGUGUUUUGGAAAAGCUGCACCAGUAGUUGUGGCCUCUUCUUACCAUCAUCUGUGUUCCUCAAGUACAGGGAGGUGUGGAGCUCAUCAGGCAGGUGCUUUGACUGAAACAUGGGGUGUGUUGAUGAAAUCUAGAAGAGGCUGCACAAGAAUCAAUGUGUACAGGAGGAUAUGUUUGAUUCACCUUUAGGACAUUCUUACCCAUGGGUGCUGUGGUAAAAACCAUGCACCUGAAACUGUCCAGCUUAGGCUGAUGCUUGAACCGUAACUUUAUUUUCCCACUUAGCACACUCCUAUGUAAGACCUGGCAUUUCCAGUUCUCCCCAUUGUUCUCUAGAAGAACAGUGGAGGUGGUUUUGAGACACUCUGGAGUGUGGACCAGCUGACUGUGGUGAUGCUGUACACACAGAAUGGCAUAUACCAAAUACUGGGAGCUUUUGCUAUGACUUUUUGCUGAAGCUUUUUGCAAACAUAACUUCAUCCUGCUCAGAGGAUGGUGGCAAACUAGUAUGGGUUCAGACUUGCUAUGCUAGUGAGUCUCACAAACACUUCUGGUUUUGUAGCAAAGUACUGUGAACACAAACUAGCAACAGCAAAAGCCUGAACAAUGAAGUUUCAGUGGAGAGUUAGUGUAUGGUAGGAUUGCAGUUAAGUGGUGAGGUAAAACUGAAUUUAAGCCUGAAUUCCUUCUCUUGCCCCUCCCUGAUGCUAAGGGAGCUUGCCUGGCUGUCAGUCAGCAUGAAGUGGAGCAGAAGAGAAACAGUUAAUUUGGUCUCUUGAGGUAGCACAGGUGUGUAACUCCACAAAUAUUAGUUUGGCAAUUAGAAGUGUGUGUUGUGUCACUCGAGUGAGUGUUGAAAUGACUGCUGUCAAGAUGGGUGUCCUCACAGAGCUGCCAGCAAGGGAAGUGGCAUCUCGGUGCAGCCUUGCUUGCUGGCACGAGUCUUGCUUCUCCAAAAUGUCUGUCUGGCAUUAUGAAAUUGCCAUUGGAGGGCUUUUUUUAAACUGUUGUGACUUUUUGAGAAGGCGUUUUGUAACUUGAUUAGCUUGAAAGGCCUAAUUAGAUGGUUUAUUGUCUAGAAAUAGCAUCUUCCACUAAAUUCCGAAAGACAUUGCAGUGAAAAUUGUAGGUUUGUAGCCAUAGUUCCAAAUGUAAACCCUGUUCAGCUCUGAAGGUGACUUUCUUUACUUUCAGAUAUAAGGCUUGCUGGGUUUUUCCUUUUAAAUUUGGAGGAGGUUAUGGUAAGGGUGCCUGAAGCAUGGCAUUAGGAGUCUGUGCUCUGCAGUGUAUUAGUCUGUGGUUGGUGAUGUUUCUGCCAGUAUCAGGCUCACAGUUUGUGUGAGUGCACUGUGAUGCUGUUAGAGGUGUGUGGCCCAAGGCCUUUGGAAGAAAAAGUAGGAUACUAAAUAAACCUUUUGUCACAGUAGACACAGACCCACCUUUUAAAGGUUGGCAAGGGGUCCAGGCCAUUUUAUCAUUCAGUAUAUUAUCUUUUAUUGUUUUAAAAAGGGAUCUGCUACCACUGGUGAUGACCAAAUCUGGGUUUUUUCCCAACUAAAAAUAUACAAGUCACAGUCUUGAAACAUUCUCCUCCUUUUCAUGUAUACCUAAAAAUCUAGAGGUUUUGCAAGCAGAGAAACCCACAGGAGUACUCUUCCAAAAAUAACCUGGUUGUGCUGUUGCCAACACAUCAUCUUGCCUGCAGGUAAUCAUUUUCCACUGCAGGGAAAGAAACAAAGAAUCAUAGAACAGUUUUGAGUUGGAAGGGACCUUAACAUUCAUCUCUUUCCAACCCCUGCCUUGGGAAGGACACUUUGCACACUAGACCAGGGUACUCAGAGUCCCAUCCAGUCUGGUCUUCAACACUCCAGGGAUGGGGAGUCCACAACCUCUCUGAGCAGCCUGUGCCAUUGUCUCAGCACCCUGGUAGGAAACUGUGAGCAGUGGUUGUAAGAAGCACUGCUGUUGCCUUGAAUUUGAGAAAGCCUUUUUAACUUCUCUAUUCAACAGUGUCAGCAGUAGCUGCAGUCAGCCAGGACAAGUGGGUUGGCAUGGAAGAGCCUGUGGUAGUCUUUCCUUUUCAUGACCCUUUCCUCUCACUGGAGAAGUCUGCCUUCUACUGAACGCAGUUUAGGAGAUGAUUGUUGGUGAGAGUUGUUGCUGGUGCUCAGGGCAUGGAUGGAAGAGCUGGAUGUUUGGGAUCUGGCAAGGCAUUCAGCUCUCCAUUUGCUUCCUGCUGCUGCUGCUGUGAGGGUUAACAAGGCUUCCUAAAGGAUGGCAUGUGUGUCAGGAACCGUGCAUGAUGUGCACCUCUAUUCUCCACUCCUGCUAGCUGUUACAGUUCAUUCUCAUUCCCAGUAAUAAGCUUAUUUAUUGUUUACCUAGGGAGUCUAAUCAGGUCCUUUUGAGAAUUUCAGCUUGGGAUUCUCCUGCCUCACUUCUGUCAUUAGGCUGCUGGAGUAACUCAUCUGGGUGGGAACAAAAUUCCUGGCACCUGAAGUAUUGCCCACCAGACUGGGCUGAGUAUCUGUUUUUCUGUGUCACUGCAAAGGGCUGGAAAAACCCUAGUGAAGGUUGAAUAAUUCUGUAGCAAAAUGUUAGCAUUUCCUCCAGAAUCUGACACUGUGAUAUAAUCAGUGUUGCUCUGAAAGAAUCCACAGUUAAGUGCAUUAUAUGGAAAAUAAGGGUUGUGACUGUCUCGAGUACAGAAUCUAACUGCAGGUAGGUACAGAGGGAAGAAAUGGGAGAAGCCAGAGGGACUGCUGGAAUCCCACAAUGUUGUAGAGGAAUUGUGUUGAAGCUGGAUGGUGAUUUCUGUUAAAAUACAACGUUAUUACUUAGUGAAAGAAGAUUGUAGGGUUUUUUACUUUAUCGGUUUUGUUUAGGAAAAAAAAAAGUAGUUGUGAGGUGUGUAUGAGUGCACAAGUGUGGUAUGAAACCAGAAUGUUUCAUCUAGCACCUCUGUCCCUAUUUAAAGUACGGCUCUGGGACUUAAACAACUGCAGUGUGGAUUUGUGUAAGAGCACGUUCCUAAUUCUGGGGUUCAGAUCCUCCAGGCAGCUCCCAGGUACUGGUCUUUGUCAGAGCCCUUGUUUGGUAGCCAGAUCUGCCAUUUUGCUUCCACCGAUGAGUCAUGGUUAGGGAGGACCCAAAUCACACACGUGCCAGAGAGAAUUCAGCUGGCACUGCCAUUGUCCUGUGCUGGUGGAAUUCUCCCUCUGCUCCACUGAGUUCCUGAAUGCUGCCUGGGAUAGGGAGGACUAACAGCGUUGCUCUUCACUAGCCAGAGGCGAGAUUUUCACCUUGCACAGCACCCAGAUUUGAUUCCGUAGCUGCCCAAACGCAAAGCUCCCUGCCAGGGUGAAUUGCUGCACCCUGAGCCCCCAGCCCCUGCGUUGACUGAGUUAGAUAGAAGUUCUCGCCUGGGAAAUCCUGAACUAGGAGCAAAGGGAAAGGUGUGCCUGCCCCGUGGGAGGGAGGAUCCAUGGCUGUGGGUACGGGCCGGGUGCGGGGGAAGGGGCUCCCCGGCACCCGCAGUGUACAGAGCAGACCCAGCGGAUUCCUGUUGUACAGCAAAUGCUGUUUGAACGUAGUCUCUUUUUUUUAUUAUUAUAAUUAUUUUUAAAUGUGACAUUAACGAAACUUUUUUUUUGUAAAUCGUUUACCCUUUCUGUGUAUAAAUCCUGGCCGCUCCUUGUUUCAGUUUGGUUUUUUUUGUUAGGUUUUUUUUUUACAUGUCCAUGCUGUGUAAUUUUGAGAUGUUUCUGAACUUCUGAACAUAAUAAUGUGCAUUUUUUUCUGUACAGAUGAAAUGGGAGAAUUUAAUAAAAAGAGUCUGCAGGUUUGUA